AUGGGCGGCAAGGGCAAGGGCGGCGGCGGCGGCAAGGGCGGCAAGGGCGGCAAGGGCGGCGGGAAUGGCGGCGGAGGGCGCGGCGGCGGCGGCAACGGAGGAUCCGCCUCUCACGGCUCCUCGAAGCGAUUCGCCCCGCUGCGCCCGUCGUGGGCGAACCAGCGCCUGUGCUCGUGCACGUCCGAGGCGUGCGAGCGCGCGCACGAGGGCGACGAGGGCGUCGGGGACGACGACGCGUCCUCCACGCGGUUCCCCGUCCCGCUCGCGAUGUGGGACCUCGGGCAGUGCGAUCCGAAGCGGUGCUCCGGCAGAAAGCUCGCGCGUCUCGGAUGCCUGCGCGAGCUCAGGCUCCAGCAGCGCUUCCCGGGGGUCGCGCUGACGCCGUCCGCGACGGACUGCGUGAGCCCGGGGGACUACCACCUCGUCCACAGCGACGGCCUCGCGGUCGUGGACUGCAGCUGGAACCGUCUGGACGACGUUCCGUUCGCGCGGCUGAGGUCGGCGGCGCCGCGGCUCCUCCCGUGGCUCGUCGCGGCCAACCCGGUUAACUACGGCAAGGCGUGCAAGCUGACGUGCGCGGAGGCGCUCGCCGCGGGGCUCUACAUCGCGGGGUACGUCGACGCCGCGGAGCUAUUGAUGAACAAGUUCAAGUGGGGGCACGGGUUCAUAUCGUUGAACAGGGAGCUGUUGGAGAGUUACGCGCGGUGCGCGACGGGGGAGGAGGUUUUGGAGACGCAGGCGCGGUGGCUGACGAACGGCGGGCCCGCGGCGGGGCCGGGGGUCCGGCCGCCGCGGGACUUUCCGGACGACGACGACGACGAUGACGACGAUGAUGAGGUCGGGAGUGGGAGCGGCGGUGGGAGCGAAAGCGAGAGCGAGAGCGACGACGGGAUCCCGCCGCCGCGCGUGAACGCGAACCGAGCCGAGAAGACGAUGCCGCCGUCGGACGACGACGAGGAGGAGAGCGAAGAGGAGGAGGAGGAGGAGGAGGAGGAGGAGAAGGAGGACGUCGAAGAAGAACAGGAUACGCCGGCGAGGAGUAGUAGCGAGGCGGAAGAGGCCGCGGCGCGGCUCCGGGGGGUGUCGCUCGUUGCCGACGCGUAG